AGCAAUUGCAACUGGAUAUAAUAGAACACCCAAAGGUAUAAAAAAUUGUAUUGAAGAUAAUUGUAAAAGUUGCAAAGGUGAAAAUAAGAAUUAUUGUAAAUGUAUACACACGGAGGAAAAUGCGUUAAUGAUAGCUAUCAAACACUGA